GUCUGCUGCAUUAAGCAAAUGAACUCUUAUAUCGUGACAGCUAAGCAUGAGUUAUCGUAUGCGUGCAGGCGCAUGUUUUGUGCGAUCAUACCUGGCUAUAGGUAUGAGUUUAUUAUUUUUAAACGAUGAUGACAUUUCACGUCGGUAAAAAAGUUUUCGAUAUUUACCGGUAGCAUAUAGUGUGUGUAACAUGUGCUUAUUAUGACACGCCGGGGAACUGUUGUAUUGCGUUUGUGUAUUCAAUGAAAUAAGUGUAGAUUGAACUCAAAAAGUAUUUCCGCAGCUUAAAAUAAAAUGAAAAGGGUCUCAAGAGAGCGAGACGGAUUUUGAAAAUUAAUAGCGAAAAAUAUUAGCGCUAUGCCGUGGACUGUCUUGGGGCGAAUAAAUUUACACGCAUCGCUAAUUCACGCAGUGGUAUCGAGGUCAUCGCUGUUCACAAAAGUGCCCAGAGUAUCACGAAACAUUCAAAUCAAUGGGAAUCUACAAUCUUUAAAUUGUCUGCAAAAAGUUCACUGGUCAUCGCGGCCCCCGUUGGAUGCGACAAAAACAGUUAACGUCAACAACACAUCUCAAAGUCAAGUGAGGAAUUACUGGAAAAUGAGUGUACAGAGUACGAUUGACGAUUUGACGCAGGUUUGCAUUGACUUGCGGCAAAGUGUGAAAAAAGCCAGCAGCCAAGAGCAAAAGGAGGCGAUCGCUUUGAAACACAUCAAGACAUAUGCUGGCACUGGAUUGAAGAUAAACGAUUUUGCUAAAGGUUUGGAAUGGUUCAAUGUAUCAGCUAGCUUGUCAUUGCGAAAAGAGCUCAAUGGAAAAAUUGUUAUACUAGAUUUCUUUACCUAUUGUUGCAUCAACUGUAUGCACAUUUUACCUGAUUUAGAUGCCUUAGAAAAAAAAUAUAAUGUCCAAGAUGGUCUUGUUAUUAUUGGAGUUCACAGCGCUAAAUUUGCAAAUGAAAGAGACUCUAGCAAAGUUCUUGCAGCUGUCCAAAGGUAUAACAUAGAGCAUCCAGUGGUUAAUGAUGCAAAGCUCUCCAUGUGGAGAGAUAUAGGAAUCACAUGUUGGCCAAGUUUAGUUAUGAUAGGUCCUUCAGGGCAACCAUUAUUCGUCUUAGUAGGAGAAGAUCACAGAGAAGAAUUAUUUUUGUACACAAAAGUAGCCCUACAAUAUUUUAAAUCUCUGAACCAAAUUGCAACAAAUGACAUCCCAAUAGAACUGGCUAGCCAUAUAUUGCCUGUGAAUAAAAAUCUUCUGUUUCCUGGUAAAGUGCAUACGUUUAUGCACAAUUCAAUCGAAAAAUUAGUUGUAUCUGAUACAGGAAAUAAUAGGAUCCUUAUUAUGGACACUAGUGGCAAAGUUGAAUAUGUUGUUGGUGGUUUCUCACCUGCUUUGGCCGAUGGUGACUUUGAAAGUGCACGAUUCAAUGCACCUCAGGGUGUUUGUGUAUUCGGCGAUGACAUUUACGUCGCAGACAACGAAAAUCAUGCCAUUAGGAAAAUAAGUCUGAGGAAUCAGCGUGUAACAACAGUUGCUGGCACUGGAGUACAAGGGCGUGAUUACAGAGGCGGAAAAAUUGGCACCGCCCAGGAGUUAUCAUCUCCCUGGGAUGUGGCCAUUUACCAUCAUGAGCAGGGAGAUAAAACCGUACCUAUUCUUUUAAUAGCUAUCGCCGGUACUCAUCAAAUUUGGGCUUUAUUUCUCGAAGAUACCAUUUGGUGGAAAAACGAAAAACAUAAAGCCGGAAAGUGUAUCAAUAUCGUAGGUAAUGGAAGGGAAGCCAACAGAAAUAACUCCUACGCCCAUGCAGCGAGUUUAGCUCAACCAUCGGGGCUUGCAGUAUCUCAAGAAUUUAAAUCGGUAUUUUUCGCUGACAGCGAGAGUAGUACCGUGCGAAGAGUAUGUCUCGAUAAAGGAUCUGUCUUGCCCGUUUGUGGUGCUGAUAAUAAUCCAUCUAAUUUGCACUGCUUCGGUGAUGUCGACGGCAAAAAAUACUCAGCUAAACUGCAGCACCCACUGGGGGUCGCUUGGAACCGUUCAGACAUGUUGGUCUACAUCGCUGAUACGUAUAAUCACAAAAUCAAAAAAACCGACAGCGAGGGCAAUUGCGUGACCGUGUGCGGCGGUGGAAAACCUUCGAAAGAUGCCAGCGUAAGCUCCAUGAUGAAAAAUCUGCUGAAACUAGGUAAACAUGAUGAUGAUAACAAAACGAAGAACGAUGUUGCAUUUCAGUUUGAUGAACCAAGUGGCUUGGCUGUCAGUCAAGAUGGGAAAAUUCUCUACGUCGCCGACACGAACAACCAUUGCAUCAAAGCCAUAGAAUUGGACAACGUGCAGAACAUUCAAAUAAUCGAGGUGAUUUUACCUGAUACUGUGUCGACUUUGAGCGACUACACUUACAACUUUUCAUCCAAAGUCAGUACACAAGAUUCCGAUUUGUCGAUUUCAUUUGUACCAAAGUUUAAAAAUUCUGACCUGAAGAUGAAUGUCGAGGCUCGACAAAAGUGGUCUUUAGAUUUAUUGACAAGCGAUUUGAUCGCGAGCAAACUUCAUGGUGAGCUUUCUGAACCUGUAACGGUGAAAAUACCAUCGGGGAAAGAAGAGAAAAAAAUAACCAUUAUGAUGAACAUGAUGCUGUGCAAAACAUCUGAGGUCUGCUUGUCCAAAAAAAUUCGUAUCAAUUAUUCUAUUCUAAGAGACGAAGGUUCACCUACGCAAGUCACCGAAAACAAAGAACUCUUUGUUAAGGAAUAGAGUUGAUUAAAAAUGAUUCUAUUGAC